UGAAUGAUGGAACCGUCUGUCUGUCAGUGCUCUCCUCUUUGUUCAAACCGGUUCAGCUCCUCACCCGCAGCCUCGCCACCGGCGUACAGGGAGUGAGCACCUGCGCCAAGCGUCUAUCACGAUUUAGAUCAGAUAUCUCCAAAUUGGACAUGAGGCAGAUGCUGAAUAUUGGUCGUGGAGCAGACAAUUUACCUAUAUGCUGAAGGUGUAGCGCGUUGAAUCUUUUUUUGCUCACUUACCGGUUCUUUUUUUUUUGCCGUUUCACCCAUUCGACUCAUCGCUGACAGUCAGACGAUACGAUUGGAGCACCGGGGUAGGCUACGUUUGAAACACCUGCACAAAAGCGCAACGUACCGCUCUAACAUUCCUGCGGAAUUUGUAAAAACUUCUUUCAGGUCCAGGAUGGCCGUGGCUGUGCAUGUACCUGCUCGACAGGCUGUCCCGUCUCUGCUGCUGCUUCUGUGUGCUGGCCUAGGGGUGAGCGAGGCAGCCUCCAUAGUGAACAUGCGUAGAGUCAUCCACCCUACCGUACAGGAGCCACUGGCCGGGUUCGCUCACCUCCCCUGCGUCUUCACCCACGAGCCCAGUGAGCCCAGCCCCUCUAGCCAGCCUCCCCAUAUCCAGUGGACCCGAACCUGGGUACUGCGUGGAGGAAUGGGGGAUCCCCUGGAGCAGAUGGUUCUCUCAGCCAAAGGUGACGUGGUGAAGGUGAAUAAGGCUUUCGCUGGGCGGGUCAGGUUGCUUGGAUACGCUGCCAACAACCUAAAUGCUACCAUGGAGAUCUCAGGCCUCCGUAGCAACGACACAGGCACCUACCACUGCCAGGUUGUCGUGGGCGACAACUACGAGCGAGACGUAUUGCCCCUUGUGGUCAUGGGUGUUGUGUUCCAUUACCGGUCUCCUAGUGACCGUUACGCCCUCUCAUUCGAUGACGCCCAGUGGGUCUGUCAGGAGAACUCUGCCCUCAUCGCCACGCCGGCCCAGCUGUGGGCAGUUUUCUACAAUGGCUAUGCAAACUGUGCUGCCGGAUGGCUCUCUGACCAGACUGUCCGCUAUCCUAUCCAGUCACCAGAGCGUGGUUGCUAUGGACAACAGGAGUACUCGGCUGGUGUGAGGAAUUAUGGGAAGAGAGACCCUAAUGAGCUGUUUGAUGUCUACUGUUUCGCCGAGGAACUGGACGGUGAGGUAUUCCACUCAUGGGUCCCAGGGCGUCUGACCCUAUCCUCUGCCUCAGAACGCUGCAUCUCCCUGGGGGGACAGUUGGCCACGGUGGGGCAGCUCUACCUGGCCUGGAAGGCUGGGCUGGACAGCUGUGCUCCAGGCUGGCUCUCUGACGGCAGUGUCCGCUACCCUAUCACCCAGCCCAGGCAGGGCUGUGGAGGGGACCAGCCAGGGGUCUGGACCGUCGUUCUAAACACAAGUGAAACCACAACCAGCAGCGGAUCUGCCAAUGCUACGGACGCCACACCGCUCUAUGAUGCCUAUUGCUACAGAGGGAACGUAAAGAAGCCAGGCCCCAUCUCUAAGAUCUACGCGUCUCUGUGGAAGCCCUGGAGCUACCUGACCGGCCCCAGCGACACAGGCACUCCAGGAACAGACAGCCUUUCCCUGGCUACUGAGACCAGCAGCAGCCCCCCGACCACAGGGAGCCGUAACCUUUCACCUUCUGGUGACCUCACACCUUCGACCUGGUCAGGAUUGGUUGAUCUGGAGGAAGAGGCCGGCUCUUCUUCAGACCUCUGGUCCUCAGAGUCCUCUGAGGGGUAUGUCACCCUGCAGCUGAGCCCAGGAGAGAGAUCUCUAGCCUGGGGAGACCUGGGAGACAUGGACCCUAACUCUGGAGUUUUCCUGAGACCUCCAGCCACCCCCAGCCACGGUCCAAGUUCUACCACACAGAAAGAGGAGUUAUCAGCCCCCACUGACAGAAAGGUGAUGGCCAAGAUAGUGAAGUCCAUGUGGAAGCCGUGGAACUACCUGGCAGGGGUGACAGAAGGUACCCCAGGAAGAGGCAGUCCAGAGGUGGAGAGAAGGGGAACUACGGGGGGGACUGAGAGCGGGACUGUGCCCACCGGUUCUCCUGGCUCUCCUGCUCCAGGUUUACUCUCAUGGGGUCAUGGGUGGUGGGAUAGCUUAGGGCUGGGGGAACUAGAUGAUAUACCAACCACUGGUGAGCCCUCGUCCUCCCCAGCCCGGCUCACCUCUACCCCAGCCUCAGAGAGCCAGUCCGCUGCCUCCUCCUCCACCCCUGGAGGACGGGAGGCUGUCCCAGACACCACUCAGCCCAAAGGGGGGACGUUGGUACGUGUGGCCCCAUCAAAAGUUGAGAUCUCGCCCCAGCCGGAUUAUAUUCCCACUAGAGCAGAUGGCCUGGCCAGUGUUAGGAGAGAGAGAGUGAUGGGGAAAGAGGAGGGGAGUGCUGAGGGGGCCUCCGAAGAGGCGAGAGGGAAGAUCCAGUUCACAUCCAACGAGAGAACCACAAGGAAGGAGCAGUCAGGAGCCAGUCGCAGCACAACUCAACCACCAGUCAGCAGCUCCCCUGCUGGGUCAGACAGCAGAGACUCUUCCCCUCCAUCCAGACCAGGUACUGGAGCUCUAGCCCCUCCACCCACAGCCUCAGUCAUCCAGGGAAGCUCCAAGGAGGCCUCAUUGUCCCUCUCCUGGGUCUCAGUGGAGAGAUCUGGAGAGCAGGGAGGUGAGGGUCCAGAAAGUGGGCCCUUGGCGCUGCCCUCCGGACCCCCAGUGGAAGAAGAUACAGCCUGGUCUCACGCACUGGGCUCUGGUUUGCCUAGCAACCUGGGCGAGGAGGGUGGCAGGAGUGCAGGAUUCAACCGGAGCAACAGAACUUUGGGCUCAGCUGGUGUGGGGGAGCCCUGUGUGACCAACCCAUGUCUGCAUGGAGGGCAGUGUGUGCCUCAGGGCAAGGGCUACAGCUGCUACUGCCCACAAGGCUUCACGGGGGAGAACUGUGAGAUCGACGUGGAUGACUGCCAGUCCAAUCCAUGUCUAAACGGAGGCACCUGCAUCGACAAGAUCCACUCGUUUGUCUGCCUCUGUCUGCCCAGCUACGCAGGAGACACGUGUGAGAAGGACGUUGAGAGCUGUGAACAUGGAUGGAGGAAGUUCCAUGGCCACUGCUACAGGUACUUCUCUCACCGAAACACCUGGGAGGAUGCAGAGAAGGACUGCAGAGUGCACAGCUCCCAUCUUAGUAGUAUCACUUCAAUCACAGAGCAGGAGUUCAUCAAUGGGCUGGGCCAUGAUAACGCCUGGAUUGGCCUGAAUGAUCGCACCGUAGAGGAGGACUUCCAAUGGACUGAUGUCAAUGACCUGGUAUAUGAGAACUGGCGAGAGAGCCAGCCUGAUAACUUCUUCGCGGGCGGAGAGGAUUGUGUGGUGACCAUCGCCCAUGAGGACGGCAAGUGGAACGAUGUGCCCUGCAACUAUAACCUGCCCUACGUCUGCAAGAAAGGCACAGUGCUGUGUGGAACCCCACCCGCCGUGGAGAACGCCCAUCUGAUUGGCCGUCGGCGGUCCCACUAUGACAUACAUGCUGUUGUGCGUUACCAGUGUACUGAAGGUUUCUACCAGCGCCACAUCCCCACUGCGCGUUGCCGGGCCAACGGCAUCUGGGACCGGCCCAAGAUCAUCUGCACAAAGUCUCAGCGAUCCCACCGGUACCGCCGCAACCACCACCACGGCCAGCGCCGGGAGCGCAGGAACCACAGGAGACAUGGAGGAGAGGCACACAGGGAGAGGGAAGAUGAUGCACACAGCCCCUACUGAACCAAAUACUACACUUCCCAUAAUGCCCUGUGCCGGACCCCUGACAAUAGUUGCCGUUUAUUUUUUCCUGACCUUUUUCAGUCUGUCUCUUUGGGUUAAAACCUCACUUGAGAUACUGUAUGUGUGCAAAACUUUUAUUCAAAUGACCUAUUGACAUCAGUGCAAAAAAAGUGAAUUGUUCACACGUACAUAUCUAAAGUUAGGAUUUAGUUCCUUUGUUGUUGAUUUUGUUUACCCCAGGUCCAUUACAACAGUAAUACUUGUUCUCUCGCUAACACGGUCGCUAAUAUCUAAGAAACAGCAAAUCCUUGGCAUGUGUAUGGAUAACCUAUUCUCACUGUCUAAACAUAGACAGUGACGUGUGUGUGUGUGUGUGUGUGUGUCAGGGUGUCUAUGCUAUGCGAGUGUAUGUGUUCUGCAAAGUUUGAAGCUUGUUCUACAUCUCAGAACUCAUUUUAGUAUUCUGUUUAUAAAGCACAAAUGUAAUUAAUGCAGGUGAGCUAAUUAGCUUUCAGUCUCAAAUAUCCCAGAGCUUUUGUAUGUAUACUGUACUUGGUCUGUUUCUUUAGGACUCCUGAAUAGCAGGUCUGUUUUAUUAUUCAACUUACAUGCCAUUUUUAAUAUUUGCUAUCUCUUCAUGUAAUGUUACUAUUUAUUAUGAACUCUUCGCAAGUUAAUAUACAGUAUGUUGAUUUGUUUUGACAUAAUCCAACGAGGCAAUGUAAUACCUUUUUGUUGUAUAUACCAUUCUUACAAUCAAAAGUAAUGAAGGUAGCCUGUCUCUGUACUGUAAAUACUGUGGUGUUUUGUUUGUUUGUUAUUGACUGGUAUCUGAUUGAUACCUGAGCCUUGUCAUGACCCAGUCAUGUACCGGUCAUGUACCAGUCAUGACCCAGCCAUGUACCAAACAUGUACCACCCAUGUACCAGCCAUGUGCCGAUCAUGUACCCACCAUGUACCGGUUAUGUCCCCAUCAUGUGCCCGUCACGACCCGGUCAUGUACCCGCCAUGUGCCUGUUACGUACCAUUCAUGUACCGUGCAUGUACCAUUUGAUGUACCGGUUAUGUGCCGGUUAUGGUCCGGUCAUGUACCUGUUAUGUACCUGUUAUGUGUCGGUCUUGUGUCUGUCAUGUACCAGUCAUGUACCGGUCAUGGCCCGGCCAUGUACCAUCAUGUACCUGUCAUGUACCGGUCAUGUACUCCGUAUCGCCCUCUCAAAUAACAACUAAAACACACCCAUUGAUCUAGAUGUACCCGUCGUGUACCAGUCAUGUACCAGUCAUGACCCUGCCAUGUGCUAGUCAUGACCCGGCCAUGUACCCGUCAUGUGCCAGUUAUGUACCGGCCAUGUACCUGUCAUGUACCAUUUAUGUACCGGUUAUGCGCCGGUCAUGGUCCGGCCAUGUACCAGUCACGUACCUGUUAUGUACCUGUUAUGUGUCAGCCAUGUGCCUGUCAUGUACCAGUCAUGUACCGUCCAUGGUCCGGCCAUGUACCGAUCAUGUACCUGUCAUGUACCAGUCAUGUACUCCGUAUCGCCCUCUCAAAUAACAACUAAAACACACCCAUUGAUCUAGAUGGAAUAGGAUAAGUUAUCUGCUCGGUGGUCAAUAGUCCCAAUCUUUGCCCGGCUCCAAUAUGUGAGGGGCAGGAUGCCAUGAUUCAUGAUGCAUAUGGUUCUUCUGAUAUUUGAUUGGGCGUAAUCCUUUUUGUUGGUGUUAUGACUUCCUGUCCUGCUGUUGUGUUCCAUUCUUAAUAAAGCUGCAGAAACGUAAUGAACGACGA